AUGCGGAAAGAACCGAGGGGUUUCCACGACCUCAAAGAGACGCGGUUGGAUCGACCGUCGCCUGGAGUGGUCUCGCCGGUCGACUCUUCAAAACUCGCGGUUCUGGUUCUGGACAGCGACGGACUCGAACGCACCCAUUCCUCGGCCUCACAGGCCACCAAAGUUGUAGGUUUUGUCCGUUUUGUUUUUGAUGACUUGGUGUUAUAUAUUAUUGUUUGAAAAAGUAAUACGGUCCAAACUGAUAUCUCCAAGUGUCUUUGAGCAUGCCAAGAAUCAAUUUUUAAAAACUUCAGCGUUGGCUUUUCAGUCGCAGCGGUGAUAUUCAACGAUUUUUCUGUGGGCGAGAGACUAUCGAAAAUGAGGAGAGACAAUCAGAGAAAAAACUUUUUAGCCGGAUCUUUGUGGAUUUUGCUUGAAAAAAGAGACUUUUUUGGUCAAAAAUUUUGAAUCCACACUUCGAACAGAAUGCCAAUUUAAAAAAAAAGUUUAAAUUUGAAAAUCUUAAAAAAAAAAAAAAAAAAAAAAAAAACAAAAAAAAGUCUGAUUUUCGACGACUUUCUAUCAAAAAAUCUCAAUUACCUUGCAGACAAUUUGUCAAAAUUUUUCACGAGAUUUUGCUCAUUUUUUUCCCGACAGACCGAUUGUCCAUUCGCAAGUCGCUGGAGUGAGUUUUGCGACAUGCACUGUGCGAAAGCAAAAGAUGACUUUGCACUGUGCAAUUUCUUGCUUUUUGCACCGUGCAAAGGGGUUGGAUUUUUUUCGGUUGUCGCUUGCACCCUGGAUUUUUUUUGCACUGUGCAAGAAAUCAAUUUGGACUGAUUUCGGCGACAUGCACUGUGCGAGAACAAAGGUUCACUUUGCACUGUGCAAUAGGCUUUUUUGGGAUGUCGCUCGCACCUUGAAGUUUUCUGCACAGUGCAAGCGCCAAAAAUCACUUCGAAGUGACCUGGGCGACAUGCACUGUGCGAAAAGAAAAGUUCCUCUUGCACUGUGCGAUUUCUUGCUUUUUGCACCGUGCAAUUGGUUCUUCUGGGCUGUCGCUCGCACCCUGAAUUUUUCUGCACAGUGCAUGUCGGUGAAAUCACUCUAGCGACUUUCUGGACGGGCUAUCAGUCUGUCGGAAAAAUAACGGCGGAUCGUCGCAUCAAAAUGUCUCGCCUCGCCGCUGUCGCGCACCAAAUCCCAAUCCGCGGCUUGCAGUCGCAAAGCGAUGAUGGGCGAUUCCGAGGCGCGACAAUCCGCCGUUUUUUUCCCGACAGACCGAUAAAAGAACAACAAACGCAGGGUAAAAUACGAAAUAGGUCGGAAUAUUUACUUUUCUCAAAUUUCAGAGCCACUCCCCUUCGAUGAAGGUCAAUAUUACUGUCCCAAAAAGACGAUACUCGAUUAGUAGGCAGGACUCAUUGGAGCAGAUGGAAAUGCCCACUUUUUCGCAGGUAAGCGGCGGAUUUGUUUAAUGGAAGUCUAUAAAGUUAAACUUUUUCUUGGAUUUGUCGCUGACCAUAGUGCAAAUUUACACUAUGCUUGGCGACAAAUUUUAAAAAUCUUAAAAAAUUGAUUUUUAUCGAAUUUUGAGAUUUUUUUGGAAAAAAAAAAUUUUUGUCGCUGACCAUAGUGCAAAAUUAUACUAUGAAUCGCGACAAAAUUUUAAAAUUUUUGAAAACUGUUUUUUAUCGAAUUUUGAGAUUUUUUUGGAAAAAAAAAAUUUUGUCGCUGACCAUAGUGCAAAAUUACACUAUGAAUCGCGACAAAUUUUAAAAAUCUUAAAAAAUUGAUUUUUAUCGAAUUUUGAGAUUUUUUUGAAGAAAAAAAAAUUUUGUCGCUGACCAUAGUGCAAAAUUACACUAUGACUUGCGACAAAUUCUGAUUUUCUUAAAAAUAAAUUUCCCAUAUCUUUUUUGAUAUUUUUAAUUUUUUUUGUCGUAAACUUAUCAUAAACUUUUACAUCACAAUCCGCGACAAACUUCAAAAUUUCCCAGAGAAAUGAUUUUCUCUUCCAUAGAACUUCCAUAGAACAAGAAGAAGCGCAAUCCGAUUAAAAAAUAUUGUUCGGUUCGAAAAAUAUCCGAUUUUUCAUUCAAAUUCGAUUGAAUGGAAUAUUCCCCCCGUUUCUCACUUUUCCUUUAUUACAUUGUUUGUCUCGGGGGGUACAGCAUUACAAUGGGCUGGACGCCCUAAGGGUUUGUGGGAGAAAUUUCGUUUUUGGGAAAAAAUAAAUUUUUAUGAUUUUUGAUUUUUUUCGAUUUUGAUGCUAAAAUACGAAACUCGCAGUGCGGUCGCAAGAGUGAUUUUGGCGACAUGCACUGUGCGAAAACAAAAGUUCACUUUGCACUGUGCAAUUUUUCCGAUUUUUGCACAGUGCGGUGAAUUUUUUUGAUUUCCUUGUAUCUUUAAAAAUAAGAAUUUCAAAAAAGUAAAAAAUGAUUUUAUUGAGAGCCAAUAGCCUACAAAUUCCAUAGGAACACAUGUUUUCAAAAUUGAGCUUAUUUUACAAGGAAAGUACUUUUAUGGGGGCUCCUACUUCUUGACGGGACAUAUUUCAAAAAAUCAGAAAAAAUGUGCUGAUCAAGGAUAUAUAAAUCUUAGCUGCCCAUUUUAGGUUUUUAGGGGUGAAAAUGUCCAAAAACUGGCCUAAUUUCCUUACAAAAGGCGCAGGCAUUCGAAACGAUAAAAAGCGCAGUCGGUCCCUUCCUUCGGAAGAGAGCGGUGUGGCCGAGUGGUUAGUGCUGUAGUCUGGGAAUCGGGAGGAGGACUCCGCACGGGUUCGAUUUCCCUUUUGGGCCGAAUCAACUUUUUUUGAAGAUGAAGGUCGGAAAAAUAAAUUUUUGUGCCAAGACUGAUUUAUUACGUCUUAGAAGCUCAAUAAGCAUCAUUUUAAGCCAAAAUAAAAAUUGUAAACUUGUGAAAAAUUAAGCGAAAAGGGGUUCAUAUAGGACUUUAAGUCAACUUCCGAUUGAGUUUUCACCCCUAAAAACCUAAAAUGGGCAGCUAAGAUUUACAUAUCCUUGAUCAGCACAUUUUUUCUGAUUUUUUGAGAUAUGUCCCGUCAAAAAGUAGGAGCCCCCAUAAAAGUACUUUCCUUGUUAGCUAUUUUAUCAAAGUUUUUUUUUUAAAUCUUCGCACCGUGCGAUUUUUCCGAUUUUUGCACAGUGCGGCGAAUUUUUUUGAUUUUAGCGUAAUUUCAAAAAUAAAAAUUUGAAAAACAUAAAAAAGAGUCUAAAGUAAUGCUAAUGUCCUAUCAUUUCACUACAAACAAUUUUUAAAAAAUUUCACCUUAUUUUAGCCAUUUUAUCAAAGUUUUUUUCAAAAUUUCCGCACCGUGCAUAAUUUUUUUUGAUCUGCACAGUGCGAUGUGAAAUUUUUUACAGACAUAGAAAGAGAUACGGAAUAAUCUUUUUUCAACAAAAAAUCUUAAAAUACGACACAAAAAAUCUUGCAAAUACAAAAAAAGAAAAAAAAAUUCCAAGGCAAAAACUUUUAGCUUUAAUUUUUUUUUCAAAUAUCAAAAAAAAAAUCAGUUUCACGCCCAUGAUUCAUCUCGACAAAAAAAAUUCGUGUUUCUUUUUUAUCCAUAAUUGAAUUGCAAAGAAUAAAACUGUUUACUUUUUCAGACAGAAAUGCGCUUACGAAAAGGGCCUAGUUCGCCGACAACUGUGUUAUCAUUGGCCGGGCUGUUCGUUUGUGGAAUUUUGAUGAUCUUGAGCGGGCUAUUGGUGGUGUUGUUUGUAAGUUUUUUGUUGAAAAAAAUUGAAUUUUCAAAAAUUUUUACAAAAAAAAAUCAAAAAAAAUUUUGAAAUUUUUCGACAGAAAAAUCGAUUUUUUUUGCAAAGCGAGGGCUAAAGAUCUUUAAAACGCCUUAGAAAACUAUUUUGUAGAGUUUUUUGUGCUUACAGUGGUAACACAAAAAAAAUAAAAAAUUUUUGGAAGAAGUUCCUUAUUCUGGCCACAACAAAGGAACUCUGCGAACUGCGCCCAAGCUUGGGAACUAAAGUUAGGAAGAAAGGCUUCGACCUAGUUGGCACUGAAUUACUAUAGUAGAUCUAUAGCUUUAAGGCUACCUACGAAGGCCAUGAAGACUCAACUGGUUCUAUACGGAGGCGAUAAGUUUUGUUCCGGACAGGUCUCAUCGUAUAAAAGGUAAAAUCGCAGGGUGCAGCCGUUUUUGAGGGUAAGGUGGUACGUAAAAAAGAAGGUACCUCGCUAACUAGAUCCACUGGGGCAUUGAUAACGAUGAGUUGAGCGUGCACGCUAAAUUUGGGCUAAUUCCGACCAGUUUCCGCAAAGUUAUAAGUUGUGUCCAGAAUAAGGAACUUUUACUAAAUUUUUUGAUUUUUUAACAAAAAAUUUAAUUUUUUUUUUUGCAAAACGCAAGUUCAACAUUUUGAAGAUGCCUUUGAAACUAAUUUUAUACACUUUUUGCAGUGUUAAUUCAUAAAAAAUCAAAAAAACAAAUCAAUUUUUUUUCAGCAAGAUGAAACGCCCUUCAUCAUCACUGGCUCGAUAUUCCUGGGGACCGGGAGCAUCAUGCUACUUACUUGUUUGAUUUUACAGCGAAAAAACUUGGUCAAGUUUAUGAUUGAUAUGAACAGAGACCUCUACUUUUUGAACAUGAGCGACAGCUACAUGUGGAGGCUGAUGUUCGAUCAGAAACAGAGCGAUUUGCCGGUGGCUGCACAAUAA